AUGACAAAGCAUCUUAGAGACCUGCAAGCAUUCCUAGGUGUUCAGGUGACCAGGAACGUGGACUGCAGCACUACGAGCAUGACUCAGAGCCCAUUGUGUGGUGUUCCUGACAUGGCAAACUACCAGCUCUUUCCAGGAGACCCCAAAUGGGAAAAGAAUAAAGAAGCACCUCAGUACUCAUUAAGGAUAGAGUUUCUGAAACCCUGUGUGAUGGGGGUUUCUUUCUCUUUCUUCUGCUAUUAUUUGCUACAUCAUCAUGACUCUUAUCCCUCUGAUGGCCCAUGUGGGACCCUGGCACCUGCUUUUGCCCGUGAAGAACUGGGAAGGGACAAUCAUUUCGACAGCGCAGAGGAGUGGACCAUGGGAACAAAUGGAUUUAAUUUAUUCACUGUUGCUGCCCAUGAAUUUGGACAUGCUCUGGGUCUUGGCCAUCCCACUGAUCCAUCUGCUUUGAUGUAUCCUACUGAUAAAUACCAGUCUCCAUUUGGAUUUUGUUUGCCAAAGAAUGAUGUGAAAGGGAUCCACGCAUUGUAUGAUUUAAGCAUGGAGGAUGCUGCUUUCUCGACCAGAACUUUGUGCUGCCCCAGGCUACCUGUCAUGAAGAGCCUUGGGCUAGACCAUCCUAGCAGUAGAUGCUCACUGACCAUUCCUUCCUUUCCUCAGCUCAUGUUAAAUGUUGUUGCUGCUUAUGAAGUUCCUGAGAAAGGUUCAGUUUAUUUUUUCAAAGUGCAGCACAUUGAUGCAGUGGACUACCUAAAGGCUGAAAAGGAGAUGCUCUUCUUUGUGGGAGAUGAAUAUUACACACACAUUCAUUACCAUCUGACCCUUUUGGACUCUACUUCUAUUGGAAAACAAAGAUUUUAUUUUUCACAAAGGAAAUGCAGACAAACUAAAAGCGUUGGAAGGUUUAGAGGAAUCACUAGCAAAGCAGAUGCAGCACUGGAAUUGAAUGGACUUAUUUACUUCUUUUCUCAUCCAGAAGCCUAUAAAUAAAACAGAGAGAAGGAAAAUGUGAUUAAUAUUGUGAAAACCAAUUCCUAUAACAGUCCUCAGCAGAUCAUCAGAUAG